CAAGGCCGUCACAACUCAGAAGAUCAAUACGUAGGUAUGAUAAUGUACAUAUGUGGACACGGACAGUUCACUCAUGUUUGCCAUUUCAAUAAGAAUGUCAUUCAGGUGUGACAUUUUUGACUCAGUGAAUUGUCUUCUUUCUGCAUUGUUCACCGUUGGCUUUGUGAUUAAUUCAUAAAAAAACAAAAAUGCAUCAUGAAGAAGAGCUGUAUAGCUAGUACUUUGUGGGUGAUGAUGAACUGAUGAGAAAGCCUCCUUUCCAACAUCCUUUCCCAAUGCAAUAACACACCAGUUCCUGUCUCUUCUCCUCUGAUCUCUAUUCUCUCUCAUCAGAGCUUUGUCAUUUGUGCCUCGUCUAUAUAGCUUCAUCGCUUAACUCAUAGUUCACAGGUGCGUCUGAAGACUUGGUUACUGAAUCAAGAGCUCAAAAAGCAUCAUGUUUUCUGCGUUAAGUCAGGCUCUGGAAACGGCUUUGGCUCCGGAAGUGCCCAAGAUCGUGGACUUUCGCCAUCAAUGGGCUCAUUUCUUGCGGUUUUAUGCCGAAAACAAGCCCUUGAGUCACAAGAGUCAGCCCGUGGAGCGCACCUAUCUGGUGUUCCACUUAAAUCAAAUGCUAAAAUUACUGAUCCAAGAGCAACGGGAGGUCGAGCUCCAUUCUAUGGGACCUUGUAUGGAAUACAUGAUCAACCAUCAGGUCCUGGAUAUCUUGUCCAGUUUAGCUCAGGCUGACACGCCCCCGGGUUUGAGACCGUACAUUAUCAACUUGUUCGUGUUCCUCCUGACAAAGAUUAAACAGACCAUCUUACCUUAUGUGAAUGUGUAUUACCCCAUGAGACGUUUGCUCAUGUUGAGCUCUAUUGUCAAGGCUUCUCCCACUGAAAACCAAGAGAUGCUCUUCAUCACUUCCUUAGUCACCAAAAUCAAGGCGCAACCCGAAUGUUUAACCUUGUUCGCCCAUGAAUCCCUACCCGGAGAAUACAGCCGAACCUCCUCCCGACGCUCGAGUGCAGCUUCGUCGGUCAUGGAUCUGUCCCACAUUGAAGAAUUGGCCUUGGCACAGCAGGCCGCGUUCGACCAAUUUCAGAGCCGCCAUCUUUUGGUCUCAGCCUUAUUGAAUUUUUUGGAUAGCGCCGAUUACCUGGUCAGCAUCAAAGCCAUGGACACCUUACUGGUGGUGUGUGCCUUGCCUGACGAUAUUUCGGCCUUGAAUGCGGUUCAAGGCACGGAAAUGCUGCCCACUUUGGUGGGUCGCUUGAUCCGCUUGUUUGAAGCCAUCCCGUUGGACUUAGAUAUUGGGAUGAUUGAAGAAGUGCGUGUGAAUUGGGCCGAAGCCCACCACUUUCACGCUCAAAGUAGCUCCGUGCCAGAUUUUCCGGGUAAAACAGAGUUGGUCGCGUUCUAUUCCUGGUUGGAUUUCUGUGAUAGUCUCAUCAAGGGCGCCCUGGACGACAUUGCCGACGCAUUGGCCAGCGAGAUCCGGUCCGAGUUCCUAGAAAAAAUCGUUGAAGCACAUUUCAUGGAUGCCAGAGAACCCUUGGAGAUCGUGCAGACCGUGGCCAAAGUCACCCAAUGCUGGAGCCAUAUCCAAUCCCGAGGCUUGGCCGGGGAGUUCUGCAUUUGGUUAUUUGGCGACAACACAGAGCCCGAGCUCAAAGGCGUGGUCACCCACCCUUUCAAGCACCACGUCCUCCAACUCUGCCACCACGAUAGCCAAGAGGUCGUCUUGGAGACCCUAAGUCUCUACGAUGUCGUUCUUGAGCGGCCCUGUGAUCCCAUCCUUAAGAGCCUGGUGCUAGCCAACCUCCAAUUGCGAGGCUACUACAACGGCAGUCUGGCCGAGGCUUCCAUAUCGUCCUGGUCGGAUGAGGAAGACGAACGGGAGAAGCUGAGACCAGGCUCUGGCCUCGAGUUAAGUCCACGGAGUCGAAAAGCCUCCCCCAUGGCCGGAGGAAGCCGAACCAUGGCCCCCACCAACAUCGCCCGAGUGAUCAAUGCGUGGUUAUACAUGGUCCCCGACGAACUCCGGUCCUCUGAUCUGGCCAAGGAUUCGGGAUAUGAGCAAUACGUGAAGAACGCACAAACUCAAGUGGCUAGUACCUUCAAGAGCUGUGAAGGCUUCAAUUGGCCCUCGGAAGCUACGUUCCCCGAAAGGUCGGACACCCUCAGCUCAGAUUCCAGACCGGAAGCCGACCCUUCGCGCCAAUUCUAUGAAGGCGAAUUCUUGGCCACCCUGUUCGACAUGUUGGAGAACUUAUUAGAGCAGGACUAUGAGGUCAACUUGUCGGUUACGGCGCUUUUGGCCAAACUGGCCCAACUACCCCAUCCCCAUCUUCACGAGUACCUUCUCAAUCCCACGAUUCCCAUCGUUCAAGGGACCAGGACCCUUCACACUUUGAUGCAGAGUCUGCUGACGACCAUUAGGAAUGAGACGAAAACCAUUGAGCAACUUCAACGCAAAGUUUACGUUUGUCGGAAAACACUAUUGGGAUCAGAAAGCGACCGGAUCGCCUUGAAUCUCACCCGCCGAGAGACCAAAGUUAUUGACGGUCUCAUCAUCCUGGAAGAGUUCAGCAAGGAAAUUGCCGCCAUAACAUUGGUCAAAUACCACCAACAAAACAACGAAAUCAUUGGAAUUGGAUUCAGUUUCAAUCUGUUUCCAAAGGUGACAGGACGGACAAAAAUGAGAUCCAGUGCAAUUUCUCUCCUCUUCCUUGGGAUUCUACUCAUCACUUGCCUUCGUGCUUUUGAAAUUGAGGAUAAUGAUUGGGCCGAGACUUUUGAUGUAUCUGAUGUAAGCGAGUCACCUCAUGUACGGGCUACACGAAGUGCCGAAGCAGCCAAAGUCAAGCGAAAAAUGAUCAAACGAAAGAGAAAGAGACCGGUCAAUGUUGAGGAGUCCGAAUCGGACAAACCCACCUCUCCCAUAGUCAGAAAGGUCUUGAGACGGAAAUCAGAUUUGAAACCUUUGAAGGUGAUUGACGCUUACCGGAAUAACGUGACCAAUCUCGCGGCCAUCAAUCAAAGAGAACGAGAUGCCAGAUUUUUCAGUCUGUUCACGGUGGUACGGUUCAAUAACGACGAAUGUGAAACAAGCACGGGUGAAAAUGGCACGUGUUACACCUCCUCGGACUGUUCCAGUCGAGGUGGAAAUGCGGAUGGAACUUGCGCUAGCGGUUUUGGAGUGUGUUGUGUGUUUCAAUUCGAAUGUGGCAGCACCACCUCCGACAAUCGAACCUAUUUUGUUAAUCCACCCACCACUCAAAGGAUCUGCAACUUGAUGAUUAACCGCAUGAACGACGAGAUCUGCCAGAUCCGUCUUGACUUUAAGACAUUCGACAUCUCAGAUCCCAAUGCCGAGGGUAAAUGCACCACGGAUUUCUUCUUGGUAACGGGUGGGUCGCCUGUUCCUCAACUUUGCGGAACCAACAGUGGACAGCAUGUGAUCUAUUCGAUCACUUCCAAUAGCGGGCCCACUCAAAUCUCAAUGGUGAUGGACACGACAAUAACGGCUUCUUCGAGUCGUCAAUGGAUCAUCCGAAUCUAUCAAUACGAGUGUUCCAGUCGAGUUUUAGCUCCGGUGGGUUGCCUCCAAUACUAUUUGACAGCAUCGGGUAUGAUUCAGAGCUUCAACUACAAAACUGACGUGAGAGCAAAUGGAGAACCCAAUCACUUGGCUAACCUCAAUUACGCCAUUUGCAUCCGAGUGGACAAUGGCUAUUGUGGGAUUCGAUAUGCUCAGCCCACUUCGGAUCCAUUCUCGUUCACUUUGUCCCGGGAUGCUUCCGUUGCCAUUUUGGCGUUCCCUCUCCCCAGUACUGGGGUCAAAUAUGGCGACGCUGAUUGCCAAAGCGACUACAUCCUCAUCCCCGGUGGUUCAGAGGAUGGUAUAAGUCCACGAUUUGCUCGAGAUCGGUUUUGCGGGAUCAGUUUGGGCUCGUGUAUGGGGGCCACUCCAACAGCCACCACAUGUAUGGCUGUGGCUGGAGCUGUUACGACUUAUUCGAAACCUUUCAUCGUUCAAGUCAUUACUGAUACUGAUGAAGGUAUUCCUUUGGUCGACAAGGCCAAUAGAGGAUUUAGACUCACCUAUAAUCAACAACCUUGUCUCCGUGGACGAUAAGGAGCAUUGACAAUGAUGCAAAAUGCACUACUAGACCAAAAAGCUAACGUUCCAAUUUUGGAACUAUUCUAAUGUUGUUUUAAAUAUUGUUUGAAUUACAUUUCCCACCUU